CACUUUCCCGCGGGAGAGAAGCGUAUGCUGGCCUCUUAGGGCUGCGGGUGAGCGAUCCUGUGCCGCGGACGCGGCGGGCGGUGUGCUACGCUGUCCUUGGCGCAUGCUGGAGCGGUGCGGUCUUGCCCAGUUCCUGCCAGAAAGAGACGGCACAGGAGAUCUUGCUUGAAGCAUUGAUAAGUUUUUGCACAGCUGUGAUGGCAUCUACUUGGUCUAUCCAGGACAACAAGGACCAGGAUGAACUUUUGGAAGUAAAGAUAGAGGAAGAAGAGGUGGAGGAGGAACCUAAGUAUACUGCCAGACAGGAUCAGAACCUGCAAAAGAACAAUACCCAUAGCAGAGAGGUCUUCCGACAGUACUUCAGGCAGUUCUGCUACCAGGAAACAUCUGGACCCCGUGAGGCUUUGAGCCGACUCCGGGAACUUUGCCAUCAGUGGCUGAGGCCAGAGACCCACACCAAAGAGCAGAUUCUGGAACUGCUGGUGCUGGAGCAAUUCCUAACCAUCCUGCCAGAGGAGCUCCAAGCCUGGGUGCAGGAACAGCAUCCAGAGAGUGGGGAAGAGGUGGUGACUGUGCUGGAGGAUUUAGAGAGAGAGUUGGAUGAGCCAGGAUAUCAGGUCUCAGUCCACAGUGAGGAACAGGAAAUGUCCCUGCAGGAGAUGGUACCUCUAAGAACAGGACAAGAACCCAGAAUGUCUCUCCUGUCCUUGAAAGCCCAGCGCAAGUGUGAAUCUCCAGAACUUGAAGCCCAGCAGAAGCAAGUUUCAGAUGUUGAGCCUGGAAAUGAGUAUAGGAAUUUAAAGCAAGAAGUUUCUGAAGAAGUGAAACCAUGUGAGAAUAUAUCUAGCAAAUUUGAAAAUGAAAUGUCUCAGUCAGCUAGGUAUGAAAAAACAUAUGAACCUGAAGAAAAAACAGGAGAGCUUUCUGGAUGCUCCAGGGAAGAUAAACAUCUUACAUGUGAUGAAAAUGGAGUAAGUUUGACUGAUAACUCAGACCUUUCUGAACACCAGAGAAUCUGUCCAGGAGAAAAGCCUUAUGAAUGUGAUGACUGUGGGAGAGCUUUUAGUCAACACUCAUGCUUCGUAGAACAUCAGAAGAUCCAUACUGGAGACAGGCCCUACAAAUGCGAAGAAUGUGGAAAAACUUUCCGUGGGAGAACUGUGCUUAUUCGACACAAAAUAAUACACACAGGAGAGAAACCAUAUAAAUGUAAUGAGUGUGGCAAAGCCUUUGGCCGGUGGUCAGCUCUUAAUCAGCAUCAGAGACUUCACACAGGAGAGAAACACUACCACUGUAAUGAAUGUGGCAAAGCGUUUAGCCAGAAAGCAGGCCUCUUUCACCAUCUCAAAAUCCACACAAGAGACAAACCUUAUCAUUGUACUCAGUGUAAUAAAAGUUUUAGUCGGCGUUCAAUUCUUACCCAGCAUCAAGGAGUUCAUACUGGGGCAAAGCCCUUUGAGUGCAGUGAGUGUGGAAAAGCCUUUGUUUAUAACUCGUCCCUUGUUUCCCAUCAGGAGAUCCACCACAAAGAAAAAUGCUAUCAGUGUAAGGAAUGUGGGAAGUCCUUCAGUCAGAGUGGGCUUAUUCAGCAUCAGAGAAUCCACACUGGGGAGAAACCCUACAAAUGUGAUGUAUGUGGAAAAGCCUUUAUUCAGAGGACAAGUCUUAUAGAACAUCAACGAAUUCACACUGGAGAGAGACCCUAUAAAUGUGAUAAAUGUGGGAAGGCUUUCACUCAAAGAUCAGUCCUCACGGAACAUCAGAGAAUCCACACCGGAGAGAGGCCCUACAAGUGCGAUGAGUGUGGGAAUGCCUUCCGAGGAAUCACCAGCCUCAUUCAGCAUCAGAGAAUCCACACUGGGGAGAAACCCUACCAAUGUGACGAAUGUGGCAAAGCCUUCAGACAGAGGAAGAAGACUAGCUACAAGGAAAUACUGCUGAAAAAUCAGUGUGAACCCCAAGCUGGAGUGAAUCUUCUCCUGAGCUCGCUCAUUCCAGAAUGGCAGUCCUCUUGCAGGAAAGAUCUCUAAUAGUGACUUAUGGUAGAGGGAGAGGGCUGUGCCUGGGACCAAGAAUCAGACUGGCAAAACAAAAUCUUUCUUCCAACUUUAAGUUGUUGCUACCAGGGGAUAGAUACUUGGACUUCACAGGGCUGUCAGAAGACUUGGAGAGCUCUACCCACAGAUGCUGAGCCCAGAAAUACAGACCAAGGAGCAGGAGCUGAAGCAGGUCCUGAUCUCUGCCUGGAGAGCUGCAGACCUAGGGAGGAUAAUACCCAGAAUGUGAGAAGAGGCAUCAGUUAUGCUGGAGAAAUUGAAGAGACAGCUUGAAGGACAAGCCGUCAGAUGGUGUUACUGAGAAUGAAAAUAAGGACUUGUCUCCAACACAAAAAUUCUGAAGAUGCUAAAUCAUGUGGGGGUUAUCUGUAGAAUUACAACAUCAAUGCAGUAAGUUAGUAAAAGCUUUAGUUACUGGUGAGUCAUUACUCAGCAUUAGGGAAUACAUACCAAAGGGAAUGUCUUUGGAGAGCAACACGUUUGGAAAGGCUUGUUUACAGUGGGUCCCUCCUUUUCCACUAGGAAAUCCAUCACAAGGGAAAAUGCUAUCAGUAUAAGGAAUGUGGGAAAGCCAUAUUUGACUCAGCCACAGCGGCCUUAUUUGACAUCAGAAAAUCCACACGAGCAAGAGACUGCAUAAAUAUGAUGACUGUAAGGAGGCCUUUAUUCAGCAUAGAAACCUUAUAGAACUGUAUGUGAAGGAAGUAGGAAGGCCUUCACCCAGAAGUCAGGACUGAUUGCACUGGAGAAUCUACAUAGGAGGUAGAUCUUAUAAACGUAAUGAAUGUGGAAAUGUUUUCCACAGAAUCAUCAGCAUUAGUCAGUAUUGGAGAAAUCACACUAAAGAAAAACUGACAGUGUAAUGAGUAUGGAAAAGUCUUCAGACAGAGGUUGGACCUUAGUAAACAUCAGUGAAUCCAUAUUAGGGAGACUCUUAUAAAUGAGAAGAUUGUGGGAAGUUGUAAUGGACAGACAUCAAGCCUCAACAAUAGACUUUCCACAGUAUUGGAAAAUUAAUAUAAUUAAUGUAAAUGGACAAGAUGUAUGGGGAAUGGGUAUCUAAAAUUGCCCAUUGUAGCCAUUGAAAACAUUCAUGAAUGUCUCAAGUCAAGAAAAGGAAAAGUCAGAAGUUCUUUUCUCUUCCCAAAGGAGUCUAUAUAAACAUAAGCAACCAGGACUUCUGAAAUUAAAAUGUUUUCCUGCAUCCCUGGACUUGUGAUACUGUCUCUGAGAUGAUUAUCUGUUUACUGGGGACAUGUUAUUUUCCCAUGCCCACUCUAUUUGCAUAUCUUAAAUUAAUUCAACAAGUGUAGACAGUAUUGCCUACUAUUUGUUGUAAAUAUAUAUAUGUAUAUUUAUAUAUAAUUUUUAUGGGCUAAAUAGGCUUGUAUGAGUACACCAGGACAUAAAAAUGACAUUUUUAAAGUUUCAAUAAACAUACUGAAAAGAACCACAUCAUUGAAUUGUUGAACGUUGGCUACUUUCCUAAAUUUGGCACUGCCUCUGUGUUCUCCCAACACAAAGCCAUAUAGGUGUUAUUCACAGAGUAUAUAUUUCCCAGCUUUAGUUUAUUUUUUUUUUAAGAUAGAAAAAGAUAUUUCAUAUAUAGCUUAUUGACAGAUAAUAAUAGAAGUAUUUUCCCUUAUAGAUAACACAUAAUAUAAUAUCCUAAAGGCUAAUACUUUAAUUUAUUUAUUAUUCUUUUCAGUUCUAAAACCUACAGGCUAAAAGAGGAAAGAAUCUUUAGAAGCUCUUCUUCAGUAAUUUGGCAGUGUAGCCAAAUCUCUAUGAAAAUGAGGCUUAUGGAUUUUAUAGUAGGUCACUAAAUAUAGGAACCACAGAUUUCAAAACUUUGCAAUGAUUAUUUCACAACUAGAAGUUUAAAUCUGAUAUAUAUGCCUAAAUCUUCUGAAUGUGUAUUAAUGGUCACUAUUUUAAAAGAUGGACUGCGUUCUAUAAUAAGCUUUUCCAGCAUCUAUAGAAGCUACAUUAUUUUUUUCCCUUAACUUUAUUAUUAUCUUGUAUUACAUGAAAGGAUUUCCUAAUAUUGUACCAACCUUGCAUUCCUGGAAUAAAUUUCACUUAGUCAUGCUGUUUUCUUAAUGUGUUAAUGGGUUCUGCGUGCUUAUAUUUUAUUUAGUACAUUUUUAUUCAAUAUUUAUGUAAAACUGGUCUGUAAUUUUAUUCUGUAUUUUCCAGGUUCAGGUUUUGACUUUAAUUGCAUCAUAAAAAGGACUAAGUUUUUGAUUAUUUUUUAAUGCCCUAGAACAAUUUGUAAAGCAUUGAAAUUAUCUGGUCUUUGAAAGUUGAAUUCUGUGUAAAACCAUCUGGGCUGGGUACUUUUUUGUGAGAGUUCCUUGGUAACUUCUUUUCUAUUUCUCCUACAAAAAUGGUCUAUUUAGGCUUUCUGUUUAUAAUGGAGGUCAAUUUUGAUAAUCUAUUAUUUGCUUAGAAAACUCUCCAUUUUGUCUAGAUUUUCAAAUUAUUUGCCUAAAAUCUGCAAUAUAAUCUGUUACGACUUUUUAAACAGUUUUAUUGAGAGAAAUUGAUACACAGUAUAUGAUUCAACACGAUAGUUUUUUGUUGUUGUUAAGGUAAUGUUAGUUUUAUAACAUUGUAUGUCUCGUGUGUGCAACAUUAUAUUUCUGCUUACCUUACAGUGUGCUUACCACCAAAAAUUUAGUUUCUAUCCAUCAUCAUAUGGUUGAUCCCUUUACCCAUUUCACCCGCCUGCCCACUCCCUCCCCUCUGGUAGCCACUACUGUGUUCUCUGUUUGAUUUUGUUUGGUUUCACUUUUUCAUUUAUUUUGUGUUUUGGGGGUUUCUUUGUUUUUUAUAUUUCACAGAUGAGUGAAAUCAUACUAUAUUUCUCUUUCUCCUUCUGAUUUAUUUCACUUAGCAUAUCAGAAAUAGCAAGAUUUCAU